CAGCGUGUACAGGACGUCCGCGGUGGCCAGACUCUACAAGCAAGCUGUCAUUUCAGACCUCAGUAACAACAAUAAGGGAGGCGUGUUGGUGCACUUCUGGAUGGUGUUCAUAGUCCCCCAGCUGAAAUCCACCGCCAUGUGUGAGGAGUGCAUAGAGGCCAUUCUCAAAGACUCCAUCCACACCAGCCUGAAGAACCGGUCCUCCGUGGGCUACCUGCUGGGACUCCCCGUCGACAUGGACUCCAUCCUCAUCAACGGGGUUCAGCGCUCAGACUUCUCGUCAAACACAGCAGACUCCCAGUGCGUAGACAAGCUGUACGCCAACCUUCCCGGGGCCAGCGUCCCGUUGACCAUCUACUCGUCGUGGGGCGGUGUGAACUGCCACGUGAAGCUCACCUCAGCGCCGGGCUCUCUGAUCCGCCUGACCGUGGCCUCGUUCCUCAUCGAGCCCACUGACUGCGUGGACGACGCCCUGACUGUGUACGACGCCCUGCUGCCCAUGAGAGGGCGCAUUCUGCACAGGCUCUGUGCGUCUGUGUCCAGCUCCUUCUCCAUCGUCUCCACCUCCAAUGUCAUGUUGCUGGCCUUCAGGAUGACCAAAGGCAGCAAGAGCUUUAAGGGGCACUUUGAAGCUAUUGCUGAGGAAACAUGUAUGUCUCAAAUUGAGACCAAAGCAGAGCCUGGCGUCAGCCGUCAGAUCUACAGCCCUUUCUACCCGAGCCUGCUGCCUCCACAGUGUUCCUGUAGCUGGAAGUUUAAGACCCAAGACUCAAAUUUAGGCGUGGCGCUUCAGUUCCAGAACUACGCGUUGAAACCGAAGGACGUGAAAGGCUGCGACAGUGGCUGGUGGAGGGUCAACGAAGUCAUAUACUGCGGCAUGUACGUGGGAUACAGCACCGUGUUUCGGAUCCCCGACCGCAGUCCGGAGGUGGAGUUUCGCUGCAGCUCUCGUAGCUCUGCUCAACCUUUCCAGGCUUCUUACCAAAGCUACAACAUCAGCCAGCCGUGUCCAGAGGGCCAGUUCUUGUGCACCACCGGGCUCUGUGUGGAGAGGAGUCGGCUCUGUGACGGCCUGGAUGACUGCCAGGACGAGAGUGACGAGCUCUUCUGCUCAAGGCCCACAAUGACCUGCAGCGCAAACGGUCCACCACACCCGUUGUUGGUAUGUAAUGGAGAGAUGGACUGCGCGGAUGGAGUAGAUGAGAUCAACUGCACUCAGGAAACGAGCUGCUCUGCGAUCAGGUACCAGUGCAGGAGCGGAUCCUGCAUCCGGAAGAAAAACGCAAGGUGCGACGACGUCCCGGAUUGUCGGGACAAAAGCGACGAGGACGACUGCGCCUGUGGUCAACCUUCCCCGCUGCAUAGGCUGGGCCCAGCGGCAAGCCUUGAUCGUAUUGUGGGCGGGGUUAACUCGGCGGAGGGGGAGUGGCCUUGGCAGGUCAGCCUUCACUUUGCCGGUAGUUUGUACUGUGGCGCCUCCGUCCUCUCCUCUGAUUGGCUCAUCUCAGCUGCCCACUGCUUCAGCAAAGAACGGCUCUCUGACCCUCGUUACUGGAGAGCCCACCUCGGCAUGCUGAUGCAGGGCAGUGCCAAAUAUGUUGCGGAGAUCCAGAGGAUCGUGGUGCACGAGUACUACAACGCGUACACUUUUGACUACGACAUCGCCCUUCUGCAGCUGAAGAAGGCCUGGCCUCCCAGCCUCGGGCCGCUGGUCCAGCCUGUGUGCCUCCCCCCCUCCUCCCACGUGGUCACAGACGGGCACCGCUGCCUGGUGACCGGGUGGGGAUACCGGUCCGAGGAAGAUAAGGUGCUGCCCUCUGUGCUCCAGAAAGCAGAGGUGUCCAUAAUGAGUCAGACCGAGUGCAAGAAGAGCUACGGCCCCAUCUCUCCUCGCAUGCUGUGCGCCGGCCUCCCCUCAGGAGAGAGGGACGCCUGUAGGGGGGAUUCGGGAGGUCCUUUGUCCUGUCAAGCCUCACACGGGGGUCGCUGGUUCCUAAUGGGGAUUGUGAGCUGGGGGUCCGGCUGCGGCAGACCAAACCUGCCUGGGGUUUACACCAGGGUCACCAAGUUCACCUCCUGGAUCUACAGCUAUAUCAUUUUGGUCAGAGGAAGCAACAGUGGGGAUUUCCUCUCUUUUCCUGCCUCUCUCCAUCGUUUCUAUGUCCGAGGUAUUGUUGCGAGUCACCUCUCCGGAGCUAAACUGGACAGUGCUAUGUGGACUCUGCCCAAAAGUAAAACUUGUGAGGUGUACUGCGUCUCCGCACAUGGACACUCUGGCUGUCCGGCUACACAGAGAGAUGGAGAGUUAACGCGGCCCGCCGGCUCACUUGGCCCCUGCAGGACAAAGUCUGAAGGUCCGGCAGAGCAGAAGACAGAGAGCCAGAGAUCUUCGUCGGGCUGUUCCUGGAGGAGGCUUCUGUUGGCUCUCCUACCUUUUGUUCCUUUCACCGCUGCCAUUACACUGUCUCUGAACUAUUUAACAUCUCCGCCUUGCUCAGUGUUCUUCCUCGGUGGCAGCGUGGAGUUUCCAAACCUGAGCUUCUCUUUGGAGCUGACCGACCCCACCUCCCUUCAGUUCCGCCUGCAGGCUCAGGCUUUGGACCACUAUUUCACGAAACUCUACGAGUCGACCCCGUGGAGUUCUUACUAUCUGCGCUCAGGAAUUACUGCCUUCAGUGAAGGAGAGGAGGGCCUCGGUGUCUUCUACUGGAGCAAAUUCUCAGCCUCCCACGAUGUGGCCCUGGAAAUCCAGAGCUCCAGCCCCGAGAGGCUGCAGCGCAGGCUCCCCGGCACCAACAAGGUGCUGAGGUAUAGCCGCAAUGAGCAGCGCUACUACAUGGAGCCAGAGGACGACACGCUCCACCUGCUGGACCUGGACUCUGAUGACUCUGAAGACAGAACAGACAAAAUGAAAAACCCAAAUAGCAUCCAGGGUGGGAAAUGGCAGCUCGGGUUUCAAGCAAUAUCUUUUGAUCUCUACGCCAAGUACGGAAACAACCGCACCCUGAGUCUGGUGAGUCCCAAGAAGCCGUACUACCAGUGGCGUCUGCGCGUGCCCUCGGGUCACGUGGUCCGCCUGGUGGUCCUCACGCUCCAGGGCGCCACGCCCGGCAGCUGCGCGGCCCACAAGCUCUCCGCCUAUGACUUUCUGCUGCCUUUGCAGAACAAGAUAAUAGCCAGAUGGUGUGGGCUGCCGGUCACGGGCUCGUCUCCGGUCAUGAAGCUGACCUCCUCGGGCAACGUGAUGCUGGUCACCUUCUCCUUCAGCAGACAGAAAGACGGAGCCGUCUUCAAAGCUUACUUCCAAGCGAUCCCAAAAGCAGGCUGUGGAGGCUCGAUUUCUUCCUGGAAUGGCUCCAUUUCUUCUCCUUACUACCCUUCCUAUUACCCUCCUAACAUAGACUGCACCUGGACUCUACGGGUGCCUGUGCCGGGGUAUCUGAUCUCUGUGACAGUCGUGGCUUUGGACAUUCAGGAUUCCCCGUCAUCUGACGGCUGUGAGAAGGACUGGCUGGACAUCGCGGGGGUGAAACAGUGCAACCCCCUGUCAGAGAGCGGCAGGAAGAGAGUGCACUCCUCUCCUCUCUCAAUCCACUUCCACUCGGAUGAAUCGCUCACCCAUAAGGGCUUCUACCUGCUGUACCGAGCCUUCUCUCCAGAGGGCAUGUGUCCUCAACAGUUUCGCUGUGGAGAUGGACGCUGCAUCCCUCUGAGGAAGGUCUGUGACGGAGUCAAAGAUUGCUCAGAUGGACGGGAUGAGGCCAAAUGCUCAUCCUGCCGGCCCGGGGAGGUGCUCUGCGGGAACGGUGUGUGCAGACCUCAGAGCAGCCAGUGUGCCGGUCAGAGCAGCUGUGCAGACAGCAGCGAGGAAGGCAGCUGUGGAGUUAAAUGCUACCACGUUUGUCCCAACAAGGUGUGUUUACCAAAGUCGUCUGUGUGUGACGGCGUGGUUGACUGCAAAGACCGCAGUGAUGAAAUGAACUGCACCAGAGCAUAUCUCAAGAGUUGCUCCUCGUCUUCCUUCAAAUGUGCAAACGGAAAGUGCGUCAGUAAGGUCAACCCCGAGUGUGACGGAGUCAAAGACUGCUUCGACGGCUCUGAUGAACUCCGCUGUGGAUGUGGCACCAGGCCCAGAAAGCGGACUAAGAUAGUGGGGGGAUCGGACGCCGUGUUGGGCUCAUGGCCCUGGCAGGUGAGCCUGCAGAUGGAGCGCUACGGCCACGUCUGUGGAGCCACGCUGGUCUCCAAUCGCUGGCUCAUCUCUGCAGCUCACUGCUUCCAAGACUCGGAUGCCAUCAAGUACUCUGAUGCUCGUGCUUGGCGGGCUUACCUCGGCAUGCGCGUGAUGACCCGGGGAAACCACGGAGCAGCGACCAGACUCAUCCGACGGAUCCUCCUCCACCCCCAGUACGACCAGUUCACUUCUGACUACGACAUCGCCCUGCUGGAGCUCAGCGCGCCGGUUUUCUUUAACGACCUGGUGCAGCCGGUGUGCGUCCCGGCCUCCUCGCACACUUUCACCACUGGGACCAACUGCUUUGUCACAGGAUGGGGCGUCCUUAUGGAGGACGGUGAGCUGGCGUCUCGUUUGCAAGAAGCUUCAGUGAAGAUCAUCAGCAGGAAAGUCUGCAACAAGCUGUACGAUGACGCCGUCACUCCCAGGAUGCUGUGCGCGGGGAACCUGAAGGGAGGCGUGGACGCCUGCCAGGGGGAUUCAGGAGGUCCGCUGGUGUGUCUAGAGCGAGGGAGACGAUGGUUCCUGGCAGGGAUUGUUAGCUGGGGUGAAGGCUGUGCAAGGCAGAACCGUCCAGGGGUCUACACCCAGGUGGUCAAGUUCACUGACUGGAUCCGCCAGCAGACCAAAGGCCAGGUCUGACAGAACAUGAGACUCAAACGAGCAAAUAACUUUAAUAGGACACUGGUUUCAGUGUUGAAGCCACAUUAUUAUUAUUUUUUUGGAAUUUGUCCAACGCAGAGGAGGCACCGCCCAGCUGCUAACCAGAGUCCUCACAAUCUGCAAGAUACAACAUCCACCUGAUUAAUAAGUGGACCUGAGGUUUAUUAACAAAGGAACUUAAAGCAGCAUCCGUUAACAUAAAAUGUUAGAUAGUCUUUAUUUUUUUGAAACGGGGUUCUGUGGUCAGGCUAAAGCAGUCAGUAUCUUUCUUGCAGAUGCUUUUUUUUUUUUAAACAACAUAUGUUUGCAGAGAGUUGAACAACUCUAACAGCUACACUGCUACUUCCAAAUCAAGUUUCUGUCAUCUUAAAACGACUUUGAUUUUAUAGAGAUUCAACAUAAAUUCACUGGGCUUCAUGCAAUUGUCGCGCUAUUUAUUUUCAUGUUUUGAAAAUAAACAAUUGUUGCGUUUGAUAGUUUCGUUGCAGCAGACGUCUGUGGACUUUUACCCUGAUGAUCUCCAUGCAGAACCCCCUAAGAAAACCUCCUUAAUACUUCCUUAAACUUUGGGUCUGGUGUGUGUUAUUUCCAAUUACUCUGCUGGUCGACAUUUAGCUAUAAUAAAUAAAUUAGUUGAAAGCCAUAUGCAGAAACAUUUCAUCUCACUUGCAGGAUGAGAAAACCUACAAGGAGUUUAUAAAAAAAUAUGUUGGAAUGCAUGGUUGUAGUUAAUGCUAACUUUAAAUUACUUUAUCACACAAUAGCCAAGGUGUUUCUAUUGUAUGUUUAUGUUUUUUUUUUGUUUAUAUAAUAUUACAGCUACGUUUGCCAUAAGUAAAGUUCAACUUCUGGAAGUAAAACAGUUUGAAAUAGAAGCUAAAACCCCAAAAGAAUACUCUGCUUUUAUAUAGAAGAGAUGUAUCCCUGCUCAGCUUAUUUAAAUGGACCUUGUUUCUUAGUAAAACCUUUCACCUCACUGUUUUAGCCUCUGCUAAAGGUUAGAUUGAUUCUCUGCUAAAGGCGACUCAUCAGGAUCGACGUUUUCCAGUUAACACGAUCAAAAUCUCAUUGCAUCUUACUUUCCAGUGUCGUCCUCCUUACUUCUCAAUCUGUCAAAUUUCAACCACAUGUUAUUACUUUGAUCAAAUGCAGAAAGAGUUAUGUCCAGAUGUGCAUCUCGUCUGUGUGCUGUAAUGUCACUGUGUACUGAUAACACACCGUUUGUACUGUAUAGUUGUUUGUGCACUUGUGUAUAUGAUGAGUUUACCUGAGCCACAGCUACUUGUUAUAUAUACUCUGUAACUGCACAGGAGAAACUCAAUAGGAACAGCAGCUCUGCUGCAAUGUAAAUUAUUUUGUCUGUAAAACCAGCAUUUAGUUGCUGCUUUGUUUAAAGAGCAAGUGGGAAAAGCAGAAGAGAAAACGGCCUGUCUUUUCCAGGGAGACGUCUUCAUUUGAUUUUGCGUGAUCUCUGGUAUUUCAGCUCGUAUCAACAAUUGGAAGGUCUAAGCUGACGCCUCUGUAAAUUAAAAUGUCUUAAAAGUUUAUUCAUUUCAGACAUUUAGUUUAAAAUAUGACACUGUGAUGUUGAUCCAUUUCAUAUAUAUUUAGAUAUUUCAGUUUAUAUCUGUAUUUUUAUGGUUACAGCUUACAGGUGACAAAGAACAAAAUUCAACACCAAUUAAAACAUUUUUAAUUGAGAAAUGUUGUCCUGCCAGUCAUGGAGAAUUUUUUUUUUUAUGUAUCCUGUCUGGCAGU